AGAAGCAGCAGAAGCGACCUCCAGGCCACCCUCCGGCCUUCAGGAACCCACAGGUAUGCCUUGUGGGUCUCCACAGCUCCAAUGGCUUUCCUGUCCAGGUUCUCCAGGAACGGCACCAGAUCGCCCAGCCGGGGCGCGCGGGAGGAGCGCCACAGCCACCCCAUCCUCAGCAUCUUCGAGCUCGAAAGGCUGCUCUACACGGGGAAGACAGCCUGCAACCAUGCUGAUGAGGUCUGGCCAGGGCUCUACCUGGGUGACCAGGAUAUAGCAGCCAACCGGCGCGAGCUGGCCCAGCUGCGCAUCACCCACGUCCUCAACGCCUCCCACAGCAGGUGGAGGGGGGGUGCUGAGUACUACGAGGGCACUGGCAUCCGUUACCUGGGCAUCGAGGCCCACGACUCUCCUUCCUUCGACAUGAGUCCCUACUUCUACCCUGCAGCUGACUUCAUCCACCAAGCGCUGAACGAAGCCACUGUGUUUCCCAUCCCCCCAGGAAGGAUCCUUGUGCACUGUGCUGUGGGGGUGAGCAGGUCAGCCACCUUGGUCCUCGCCUACCUCAUGAUCCGCCACCACAUGCCCCUUGUAGAAGCCAUAAAGACAGUCAAGGACCACCGUGGCAUCAUCCCCAACCGGGGCUUCCUGCGCCAGCUGGUCGCCCUGGACAAUGCCCUGAGGCUGAAGAGGAGCUCCUGA